CAGUAGGUACGGUACAGUGCAGUAUAGUAAUGCAAAUGAGUGAGUGAAGCCUUGGAUGACUGAGGAUUUGCAUGCCCCAAUGCAAACAUCGGACAUGGACGACGCCGAAUGGCAAGUGCGUUUGUGAAUGCAAUAAGUAACAACCCCUUCCCCUCCAUCUAGCCCUUUCCCUCUCCUCCCUCCUCAUCACACCUUCAAAGCACAACAGCAAUCCAAUCUCACUUACAAUCUUCUGCUUUUAACGCAAAAGAAUCAACUAUCAAAUCAGAUCUUCUCGAUCAACCACAUAACAACAACUCAAAAUGACGGAACCUCUCUCCAAGGUCGAUUCAGCCGUUCAGGGCCUCUCAAGCUCACCUCCCGCCAAGGAUGACAAGAAGACGCGGCGACAAAGCUCAGCAGCAGCACCUGGCGUUUACAACGUCAAUGACCUUGAGGCCGAGGGCAUUGACCUCGAGCUCGCACCCGAGACCCAGAAGACGGGAUGGAAGAUCAACACCAGUCCCAACACAAUAGAAGACCCUGCCAUCCUCAAGCUUCAUCUGUCAAAACCGCCCGUCAAGAGAAUCGACCUUCACUUCCCACUAGGAAAGGAGGUAACAGCACGAAACCUCAAGGGUGUAACAAUCAAGGAUGCACUAGACGCUAUCCACAAGGCAUAUAAGAAGCGGGUAUGUUUGGACCUCUGAGCCACCCUCCCUAAGAAUACUGACUGACAUACCCAGGCCGAUGAUGAGCUCGACAAGCCCUACCUCGCUGGUUUCGAGUGGGACAAGGAAGAGUCAUGGACCCAACUUGUUGUUCACCUUCAGGCUCAGCCCACAAGCACAACAUUGGGUGGUCCUUCCGGUGGUGGAAAGAAGAAGAAGAACAAGAAGCAAGACGAGUAAUAGCUUCAUUCCACUCCGGUAUCUGUCUCAAUAGUUCCUAUAAUUCUUGUUCGUUUCGCUGGUUUCGUUGCGAGUCGGCGCUCGGGAUAUUGCGUCUAGAUAUUCUCGGCCUGGUCAUGUUGUUUGCGACUGCUGGAAGCGUCGCUUGGUGUACACCUCUAUAGUUCUUGUUAUCGCUGGUCGAUUCGGUCGGCGUUUGAGGUUCCAUGUAUCGUGGUUCCUCGAUAUAAUUUAUACAUUCCCCACACAAUUGGAAGUUCAUGAACUCUGAAGUUAAUUGCCAACUGAAGUUGAAUUUGAGAAGACAUGAUGAGCCAAUUGCCCACAUGUUCCCCGGCUUAAGCUCCUCACUCA